GUAGACACCAAACGAGACGGAGAUCGAGAUGGAGGAGGGUUUGGUGGUGAGAGGACGAGUGGAAAUCGAUAGUCGACAGCCGUUCAAGUCUGUAAAAGAAGCUGUUACUUUGUUUGGAGAAAAGGUUUUAGUUGGCGAGGUUUAUUCCUGUCACAAGCUCAAAGAGAUGGGAAGUGUAGAAACGGGAAAGAGUCGGUGUGAAAUAAAAUUUGGAGCCGGGGAAGCGAAACAAACCUUAAAAAAUGUGAAAAACGAUGGAAACUCCAUGGCUUGUUAUCUCACGGCGCUUAAACAACAGCUCGAAGAGACCAAGUCGGAACUCCACCAGUUGAAGUUGGCAACAGAACCUUGUUCGUAUUCAAGCCACUGUGCACUCCUUGAUACAGAGCUAGAAGAGAUCAAAUUCAUCGAAAACCCAAAACCAGCUAAAACGAAUCCACCAGUAAAAGACCAAUACAAUCUAGAUGCCGAUGACGACGACUUCUUGUUCGAACUAAAACAUGAAAAUUCAGUCAAGUCUGAUGAUGACCCACUGACGAAGGUGAUUGUCGAAGUACCAAAAAUGCAAGAGAGAAACCCGUCCUCCUUCAAGAUCAGGAAAGCUAAAAAGAAAACCCUGAUUCCAUUACUUGGUGGGAUUUUCUCGAAAAGCAAAGGGCAAUCAAGAACCUAAUUAUUAUUCGAGACAUGAUCAAUUUCCGACAAUUUUUGUUGAAAUUACAAGUGUGGUCAUACGAGUCACUUACGGUUGUCAUGUGUUUUGGUGUUUUUAUUUCAACAUGUAUAACUGGUUAGUUUAUAAUUAAAAUGAAAAUAAAAUGGUUAAAAAA